GCGAAUCGCAAUACAGCAAUAGCAAACGGUGCAAGUGACGCACUGUUCAGGCUGCCACGUUAUCGCUCCUUCCCUGACAUUUUCUUUAUUUUCUUAUCUCUGGCAUCUUCUCUGGCUUCAACUCUUACUUGUCCAAUGCACACAGCUAAUGAGGUACUGCUCUCAUCCUCCCCCCUGGAGGACAACUUGUACAAUGCAUUAUCUACGCACUUAACCACAAGUUACAACAGCUGUAACAGGAGCAAGAGUUGAGGGCGGUGAUGGCCUGCUGGGGGCUGGAGAGCAUAGCAUGCUGGAGGGCCACUGGCCGCCGUCGUGUCCUGGUCCCCCAUAUCGUUGGUAUCAUUGUAGGGCUGCCUGUCAACUGUUCUCAAAUCCACACAAUGUCAGAGUUGAGGGCCGCACUCCAGUCACGGGGCUCAUGCAUUUCCUUUUUGCUGAGGUCGUUCCAGAUCGUUCUGUUCAGCUCAAACUACACCCAUUUUCAAACCACCAAAACCACGACGCGUCCAUCCUUUACACCCUACAGCAGGAUACACGCCGUCUCAUCCAACUCCACAUAAGUCUGAACAUGUCCGCCAUCAACUAUUCCAAGUGGGACAACCUCGAGAUCUCGGACGACUCGGACAUUGAAUGCCAUCCCAAUGUCGAUAAGCGUUCAAUGAUCCGAUGGAAGCAGGAGCAGAUCCACCGUGAGCGCGACGCCCGCCGCACCAAGAUCGUAUCCCUCAAACAUGAAGCAGAGACCCUCAAGAAGCAGCUGGACAGGAUAGAGAAAAGCACUCAGCAAGCAGAGCUCGAGAAAAAGUACCAGGAGACCCUUCAGCAAUUAGAGAAGCUGGAGGCAGUGGAAAACAAGAAGCUGACCUCAGACAAGCUGGUGACUGGAUUCGAUAAAACUGCUGUGAGCAAGCCAGUUCAUGCCCCCAAAGAGACCCCCAAGCCCUUCAAGAAGACUACUCAGAAGACCAAAGUGAUUGAGACGUUGAAUCCAGGAAGUGCCGGAGGAGUGCCAGCAAAAGCCGGUUCAUCGAAGCAGGCAGCCGUCGCAGAAGACUCGGAUGAUUCGGACGAUGAGGUCGAGGUCACAGAGGUUGCCCUCGAGUUUUCGCGUAUCAAGGGAUUCGAUGCUUCUCUUGCUUACAUCUCAAAACACCCUUACCUCGGCACUCAAGCGUACUCGGACGAAAUCAUGGCUCAGGCCUUCAAGGCGCAGAUGGACGGUGACGAGUCCUAUGCCAACAACUGCGUGCAUCAGGCCCUCAUUCUUCAAUACUGCGCUCAGCUCGGCAAGGACGGUGUAGGCCUCUUCUUCCACAGAAUCCGUGAUCCUAAUCACGCUGCCCUCAAGAUCUUCCAGAACGACUGGAAGGACACUUACACAAGAAUCAAGGAGCGCUGCAAGGUACUGGCACAGGAGCGUGCCGCUAAUGCUUCCCCAGGAGUGGAGACUAUCCAACUUCAGGCAGCCGAGCCAGGAACUCAGAUUCAUAUCACAGGACCACCCGCGGAUGCUGACCCUAAGGUCCACGAAAUUUUCGCAGCCUUGCCUGAGGAUUUCCAGGAAGCAAUUAUCUCUGGAUCGCUGGACAACGUCAACAAGUCGUUGGAGGGUAUGAGUGUGCAGUUGGCAGAGGAGGUUGUCAGAGUGUGCAACCAAGUCGGUUUCUUACGUAUUGAGGGCGACAUCAUUGAUACGAUCAAGGGCGAGACUAUUGCUGACCGCGAGGCCGAGAUGGCCGCAGCAGCAGCCGCAGCAGCCGAGGCAGGCAAGGCCAUCGAUGCUCCAGCUCCUGAUCAGGCAUGAAAGGAACCCAGUUUUGAAAUAAAUUCUAUCA